AUGAGUUGCCCUGGGAAGGGUUUCCGACAUGGCCAGCUCCUCCUCAAUUUACUCGAAGCGUGUUCCACUAUUCGGUCCUUCGACACCAUCAAAUGUCUCCAUGCACUAUCCAUCACAAUUGGUCCCAUUCCAAAGCAAUCAAUUUUCAUUCACAACAACAUCAUCUUCUCCUACAUUUCCCUUGGCGAAGUGCUCCAUGCGCGCAAGGUGUUCGACGCUUUGCCCUGCAGAACAGUUGUAUCUUACAACACUCUCAUCACUGCUUAUUGUCGACGUGGGGAUGUAAAUGAUGCUUGGCGCCUUCUCUCCAGCAUGAGGGGGAGUGGUUUUGCGCCUACCCAGUACACCCUGACAGGGCUGUUGUCGUGUGAGUUCUUGAAUCUUUCUCAGGGUGUUCAGUUGCAGGCUUUGAGCAUUAGGAAUGGACUCUUUGAUGCUGAUUCUUUCGUGGGUACUGCUUUGUUGGGCUUGUUUGGGAGGCAUGGAUGUUGGGAUGAAGUGUUUUCGGUAUUUGAAUAUAUGUCCCAGAAGAGCUUGGUGACAUGGAACUCCAUGAUGUCCUUGCUGGGGCGUAAUGGUUUUGUUGAAGAGUGUAAGAUUUUGUUUCAUGAUCUUGUGAGGACGGGGAUGUCUUUGUCGGAAGGUUCUUUUGUUGCUGUGUUGUCUGGACUUGUUGAUUCUGAGGAGGAUUUGGAAUAUGGUGAACAGAUACAUGGUUUAAUGGUCAAAUGUGGGUUUGAUUGUGAAAUUACUGCAGUUAAUUCUCUUAUCAGUGCGUAUGUCAGGUGCAAAGCUAUGUUCGCAGUGGAAGGAUUGUUUGAGCAGGUUCCUGUUCAGAAUGUUGUUUCCUGGAAUAUAGUCAUCAAUGCGUUGGUUAAAAGUGAGAGACCUAUGAAGGCACUGGAUUUGUUUUUUAAUAUGGUAAGCAGAGGAUUGAUGUCAACUCAGGCAACGUUUGUUGCUGUUAUUGAGUCAUGUACUAGUUUGAGAAAUCUGGUAUGUGGAGAAUCUGUCCAUGCUAAGGUAAUCAGGAGUGGUUUUGAUUCUGAUGUUGUUGUCGGUACUGCAUUGGUAGAAUUCUAUGCCAAAUGUGAUAAAAUUAUUUCAGCUCAUAAAUGUUUUGAUCAGAUAGAAGAGAAGAAUUUGAUUUCUUGGAAUGCUUUGAUAGUGGGUUAUUCAAACAUUAGCUCUUCCACAGCAAUUCUACUGUUACGAGAAAUGCUCCAAUUGGGUUAUUCCCCAAAUGAGUUUUGUUUUUCGGCUGUUCUCAAGUCAUCUUCUGUAUCUAACCUUCAUCAGCUCCAUGGUUUGAUUAUAAGAGCAGGGUACGGAAGUAAUGAAUACGUAUUAAGCUCUCUUGUAAUGUCUUACACCAGAAAUGGUCUUAUAAACGAAGCAGUUUCGUUUGUCAAAGAAUUUAAUAAUCCACUUCCUGUAGUCUCAUCUAACAUCAUUGCUGGAAUCUAUAACAGAACUUGCCAGUACUCAGAAACAAUAAAGCUACUUGUUUUGCUAGAAAAACCCGAUGUUGUGUCUUGGAACAUUGUCAUUUCAGCUUGGGCUCGGGUCAAUGAUUAUGAGAAGGUUUUUGCGCUUUUCAAGUAUAUGCAUUCAGCAUGCAUCCGUCCAGAUAGUUACUCAUUUAUGAGUGUAUUAUCUGGGUGUACCAAACUUUGCUGUCUGGAUUUUGGUAGUUCUCUACAUGGACUUGUUAUAAAGACUAAUCUUGGUAAAUACGACACAUUUUUGGGCAAUGUCCUAAUUGACAUGUAUGGGAAGUGUGGAAGCAUUGAUAGUUCAGUGAAAAUUUUUGAAGAAAUUAUGCAGAAAAAUAUCAUUACAUGGACAACUUUAAUCACUGCCCUUGGGCUGAAUGGUUAUGCUUAUGAGGCAGUAAUGCAAUUCCGAAACAUGGAAUUGAUGGGGUUGAAGCCUGAUGUAUUAGCACUCAGAGCAGUGCUUUCUUCUUGCAGAUAUGGUGGAUUAGUGGAAGAAGGCAUAGAAAUUUUCAGUCAGAUGGGAGCUAGUUAUGGGAUGCCACCAGAACAUGAUCAUUACCAUUGCAUGGUUGACCUACUGUCAAAAAAUGGACAAAUUAGGGAAGCUGAGAAAAUCAUUGCAAGCAUGCCUUUCCCACCAAAUGCCAGUAUAUGGCGUAGCUUCCUUGAAGGAUGCAAGAACUUGCAAAUUGACUUAUGUACAGAAAAACUUCAUUAA